UUGUUGUUGUUGUUGUUAUUACUCUUUUUCAAUUCAGUCAUUUCAUUUCAUUUCAUUUUUUUUACCCCAAUAUUACACACAUAUAUACAGGUUAUUAUUAUAUGUUCACUGUGUGUGUUUGUGUGAAAUCAAAUCAAAAUCAUCAUCAUCAUCAUCGUUUUUUUCUCUCUCUUGAUCAACAUUCGAAAAAACAAUUAAUAAGAUACGAAGAAAAAAAAAGAUUCUUUUUGGAUCCUUGUGUCUAGAAAAACGAAUAAUUUGUGAGAAAAGUUGAAGACGAAGACGACUACAGAAUCUAAAAAAAGAGAAUUCUUUUCCCGUUUUUUCUAAAUAAUUAAAGACAAACAGAAUCGAUUUUUUUGUUGUUAAAGAUCAUCAUCAUCUGUUUUGUUCUGUUUUGGCUUUUCCUGAGUUUCAACCGAAGAAACGAAAUUGGUUUUUCCUUUCAGUUUUUGUUCGUUUGGGUGCUCAUUUUUUUUGUGAAUCAUCAUCAUCUGACGAUCAUCUUACUUCCAAAUUUUGAUCAUCGAAUUCGAAUUGUUUGAAAAACAUAAAAACAAAACAAAAAUGUCUUCACCAUCGGCUGGAAAACGUCGUAUGGAUACUGACGUUCUAAAAUUAAUCGAAUCCAAACAUGAAGUCACAAUUUUAGGUGGCCUAAAUGAAUUUUGUGUCAAAUUUUUUGGUCCAAAAGGAACAUCAUAUGAAGGUGGUGUUUGGAAAGUUCGUGUUGAUUUACCUGAAAAAUAUCCAUUUAAAUCACCAUCGAUUGGAUUUAUGAAUAAAAUAUUCCAUCCAAAUAUUGAUGAAGUUUCGGGCACUGUUUGCCUAGACGUCAUUAAUCAAGCAUGGACAGCAUUAUAUGAUUUAUCCAAUAUAUUUGAAUCAUUUUUACCUCAAUUAUUAACCUAUCCUAAUCCAAUUGAUCCACUGAAUGGUGAUGCAGCGGCAAUGUAUCUACAUAAACCUGAAGAAUAUAAAAGAAAAGUUAGAGAUUAUGUUAAAAAAUAUGCCACAGAAGAUGCAUUACGUGAACAAGAAGAAGAAUCUGAUUCAAGUGAAAGUACAAUGAGUGAUUUUAGUGAUGAUGAGACCAAAGAUAUGGAACUUUAACAUUUUAUUCUUCAAAGAAAAACAAAUAUAUAGAAACAUUUUAAUAGAUAAAAAUCAUCAUCAUUAUCAUCAUCAACCAUCAUCAUCAUCAUCAUCUACAUACAGAAUCAAACAAAGAAUUUAUUCAUAAUAAUUUCUCUCUUUCGCUUGCCCAUUUGAUUCUGUCCAAUUGUCUAUUUUGAAACAAAAACACAUACACACACGAAAACCAUAACACAUCUAAUCUAAUCUUCAAAUUUCCAAACAACAACAACAACAAAACUACCAUCAUCAUCUUCAUCAACAACAAUUUUAAUCUUCUGGCAUGAUUCAUUCAUUUUUUUCUUCUCAUACUUUUUAAAUAAUAUUUGUUAAAUAUUC